AUGAAUAAACUGCUUUUACUUUUCCUUAUUUGUACCUUCAAAAUAUGGACUGAAAACGCCAAAGCCUCAAAAUUUGAAUAUUCUAAGAGAAAAAGAAAUGGCAAUCCAAUGAAAGAUAACAGAUUAAAUAAUGGUGACCUGAAUCAUUACAGUUUUCUAAUGUUGCAGAAGGAAAAUGAUGAGAAAAGUACAAACGAUAAUGAUAACAACUCGAAGAAGGAAAAAGAAGGAGAAGAGAAUAAUAAUCAAAAAGAAAAAAAAAAUGAAGAAAACAAUGCAAAUGAAAAAAAAAAUGAAGAAAACAAUGCAAGUGAAAAAAAGAAUGAUCAAAAUAAUUCAAAUGAAAGAAAAAAUGAUCAGAAUAAUUCAAAUGAAAAAAAAAAUGAAGAAGAUAAUACGCAGAAGAGAGGACCUGUACAACCAGAAGAAAAAAUUAAUAAAGAAAAUUUAUUAGAAUAUGGUACACAUGAUAAAGAUGGCCAUUUUAUCCCUUCAUAUAAAACAUUAACUAAUGAAAUUCUAUCAACAAAUAAUUCACUUGAAAAGGCAUCGAAUUUUCUAAAAAUCGCAUGUUCGCAUGUCAUGAAAAUUGUGGAAUUUAUCCCAGAAUCUAAAUUGUCAUCUCAGUAUAUAAAAGUGGAGUCAAAAAAUGUGUACAUAAAGGAUAUCAGUACGGAAUGUCAAAAUAUUUUUUUUUCCCUUGAAAAACUAACUAUGACUAUGAUUAUUUUGAAUUCAAAGAUGAACAAGUUGGUAUAUGUUCAGGAAAAAUAA